AUGAAAAAAAUUAUUCUUUCCAUUAGUGCAGUCAAACCUAUGUGCAUGUCCUGUUUUUUCAUUUUCAUCAAUUUGAUUCACUGUCACCCCGUCGUUUGCUUAUCCUGUUUUGGUCACCACUUCCCCCCCGAGAAUGCAACCACCUGUGCCAUUUGUACUUCCCCCGAGAAGGAUACUCCAAUGCAUACACACAGACAACAGCUAGCUCUGGCAAAGAAGGAACUUCAAAUAAUCAUGUCCUUGCUCAAAUACAAAAACAGACAUACUCCUCCAUCAGAAAUAUUCCUCAAUUAUUUUGUUAAUGUAAAUUAUUGUCUCAAAAAUUUGUACUUAUUCUUGAAUUUACAUCAGACUCUGAUUUUCUACAGAAAUUGGAUUUUCGCG